AUGUCUAACCCCGUCAACGGCUACGACAUGGAUCCUCGCCGCCCUCUCUUCAGCCCGAACAACGGCGUACCGAUGCCGCGCUACGGCGAGGCCUACAUCCCGCCUGCCGGAGGCUACGGCAACCACUACCAGUACCCAUACGCCGCCUCGUACGGACCCCCAGCGCCAUAUCCGGGCUCGACGGCGUACAUGUGGCCCAACCCGCAACAUGCCGGUGGCUACAACACUUACCCACUCCAACCGGGCGGCCAGGCCUCUUACGGAGCACGUGCGGCCCAGGGCCUCCCGACGCUCGACCCGCGCAACCCGGCGGCGCACCUCGGCAACUCGACGGGCGGCACGGGCUGCGAGCCCGGCUACAACUACUUCUUCCCGGCGGCGCACACCAAGAUCCACGUGUUCCGGACGUCAACCCCGCCGUGGCAACUGCCGGCUAACGCGCGCGUGCCCUUUGCGGCGUUCCACGUGCCCGUCAACACGACGCUGGCCGAGGUGCUCAAGGGCUUCGGUGCGCUCAACCCGAACCCCAAGAAGAACAAGUGCUUCGAGAUCGUGCAGGCGGGCAACGGCAAGUGGUACAAGGGCCUGUGCUUCGCCGGCGACGACAAGGACAUGAUGAAGAAGAGCAUUGCCGACAUUGGAUGGGACGCGGGCCGCACGGGGCUGCCGGGGCAGAAGCCCGUCGUCUGCGUGUGGCUGGUCAAGGACUGA